ACCAAUACUUGUUUCUGCUUCGCUAUUCUCAUUCAUUCAUGUGUGGUGAGACUUGACAGCGCGUGUUCUUCCUUCACACACCGACUUAUUUCUGUUCCACAAAAUUAUCAAAUAAUCGCGUUCAUUUUUAGCUUGUGUGUUGAUUGCUAAAUAUGGAGCUUACGUGAUUGACCAAGUUAUUAGUUAUGGAUGAAGAAUUGGUUAAUGAGAGAAUUCAAUUAGAGGCUUCUGAGGAUUCACAGCGCCAGACCAAGGAGGAUGAUGUGUAUUCACCGAAAAUGGAUAGCCGAAAACUUGUAAAAUCGCAACAACCACUGGAAUAUAAUGCUAUUCUACAAGGUAAAAAUGUAGUUCAGGCUGUUAGUGAAGCGGCUACGUCGCAGCAUCCAUAUGCGACCGUUGAGGAACUAACGGUAAAAAGUUAUAAUGGUUCGAGCUUUGAUAUUGGUACAUCAAAUAGUCAGGUGCAAAUGUAUAAUCAACAAAAACAUUGGCAGAAUCUUUAUCAGAUGACAAAUAAUUCUGGAAAUGGAAAUUCAUUAAGUGAUAUUGGGUUGAUAAGUAGUGGCCAGGCUACAUCUAGUGCCUGGGAAGAUAUUGGAUCUACAUCUUUUCCGGAGUUAUUAGCUAGAAAAUCACACAGUGAUGGUCAGAGCAAUGCCAUUGAACACUUGGCAGCUGCUGAGAGUAAAGAGGGUGCAGGUGAUGUUCAUCGAGGAAUGCGGACAAAAGUAUUAUCCAAAUCAGGGUUUGCUGAGUAUUUUAUUAAAAAUUCAUUGAAGAGUAAGGGUGUUGUACAUAAAGGUCCAUCUUCGGAUCGCUUCUAUGUUCAGUCUAAAGAGAAAAAUCAGGAAAAGGCUGGCAGUGGUGCAAAUCAGAAUUGGAUCAAGACUAGCAUUGGCGCAGAUCAGAAUCAGAUGAAGACCAGCACUGGUAUAGAUCAGAAACAAAUGAAGACUGGUAUUGGUGCUCCGUCGAACUCUAGUAAAUCAGUGAAGUAUGAUUCCAAAACUGCAAACUUUCCCUUUCACAGCGAUGCUUCUGUGCCUAAGUCUAGCAUGACUGAAUGUGACGGUGUAACAUUGAGAGAAUGGUUAAAAUCUGGCCAGCGCAAAGAAGGAAAAAUGGAAAGUUUUACUAUAUUUAGAAAGAUAGUGGAUUUGGUGGAUGACUCUCACUCUCGGGGAAUUGCAUUGCAUAACCUUUGUCCAUCUUACAUUAAAUUGUUACCGUCCAAUCAGGUCAUGUACAUUGGGUUACCUACUCAAACACAGAUGGCAGACAGUGUUGUAAAUCCUGAAGUUCUUAAUUUAGAUAAUUCUUUUAUUAGAAAAAGGGUGUCUGAGCAAGUAACAUCUUCCUCUGUUGAUAUGGAGUCAAAGAAACAAAAAAUUGAUGAGAGUUUGAGGGUUACUGGGAGUGACUUGUGUGUUGAGACUGCUAAUCAUCAUAAAGUUCAAAUUCCUACAGUUGGAUCACAAUAUGAGAAAGAUAAACGAUUUUCUCCGUAUAAUUUUGGGAGAAUGUCUAGCAUCCCUUGUGUAUCUAAUACAGGUGAAUUUUCAUCUACAUCUUUAUGUGAAAGAUGGGAAAAUAAGUGGUACGCAAGUCCGGAGGGAGGUUGCACAACAUCAUCAAACAUCUACUGCCUAGGUGUACUCCUUUUUGAGUUACUAGGUCAUUUUGACUCUGAAAAAGCACAUAUUGCAACAAUGUCUGAUCUUCAUCAUAGGAUUCUUCCUCCAGCUUUCCUAUCAGAAAAUCCUAAGGAAGCUGGCUUUUGUCUUUGGCUGCUGCAUCCUGAACCAUCAUCACGUCCAACAACAGGGGAAAUCCUACAAUCCGAAGUGAUUAAUGGAUUACAGGAGCUAUGUAGUGAGGAAUUGUCAUCACGUAUAGACAAAGAAGAUGCUGAGUCAGAAUUAUUAUUGCAUUUCCUCAUCUCAUCGAAAGAGCAGAAGCAGAGCGAUGCCUCCAAAUUGUUUGAACAAUUAAAGUGCUUGGAAUCAGAUAUAGAAGAGGCAGAGAGGAGGCAUAGCUCAAGAAAAUCCUUUGUUUCCUCUGGCCUGCAGAACAAUUACUCUUGUCAGAAAGAGAUUAUGCCUCUUAGAAAGGAACUUUUGAGUGUAGAAAUGCUGCCCACAGUAUCCCCAAUCUCUAAUACAACUGAAAUGAGAUUAAUGAGAAGCAUAGGCCAUCUUGAAAGUGCUUACUUUUCCAUGAGAUCUAAGGUUCAGCUUUCUGAAACAGGUGCCACAGAUCACCCAGAGAAAGAUAUACUAAGAACUCGCGAGAACUGGUGUGGGACACAAAAAGGCGAAGAAAAACAUAAAAGUAAAGAUGCCUUAGGAACCUUCUUUGAUGGUUUGAGCAAAUAUGCACGUUACAACAGGCUUGAAGUGCGGGGUAUACUAAGAAAUGCAGAUUUUAACAAUCCUGCAAAUGUGAUAUGCUCUCUGAGCUUUGAUCGGGAUGAAGAUUACUUUGCUUCUGCUGGGAUAUCUAAGAAAAUAAAAAUCUUUGACUUCAAUACACUUUGCAAUGAUUCUGUCGAUAUCCAUUAUCCUGCAGUUGAGAUGUCAAACAGAUCAAAGCUCAGCUGUGUUUGCUGGAAUAACUAUAUUAAGAAUUAUCUUGCCUCUACAGACUACGACGGUGUAGUGAAGUUAUGGGAUGCUAGUACAGGUCAAGAAUUUUCUCAGUACAGUGAACAUGAAAAGAGGGCUUGGUCUGUUGACUUUUCUCCAGUAUGUCCUACAAAAUUUGCCAGUGGAAGUGAUGAUUGUACUGUCAAGCUGUGGAGCAUCAGUGAGAGAAACUGUUUAGGCACAAUCCGGAAUGUUGCUAAUGUAUGCUGUGUUCAAUUUUCUGCUCAUUCCUCUCAUUUGCUAGCUUUUGGAUCUGCAAAUUAUUCAACUUACUGUUACGAUCUUCGCAAUCUUAGAAGUCCCUGGUGUGUACUGGUUGGCCACCGUAAAGCUGUAAGCUAUGUCAAAUUCUUAGACUCUGAAACACUUGUUUCUGCCUCUACUGAUAAUUCAUUAAAGAUAUGGGAUCUCAAUAAAACCUCUUCGGCUGGUGCAUCUACAAGUGCUCGCAGCCUAACCCUGGCUGGACAUACUAAUGAGAAGAAUUUUGUGGGGUUAUCGGUUGCUGAUGGAUACAUUGCGUGUGGUUCAGAAUCAAAUGAGGUUUACACCUACUAUAAAACGCUUCCCAUGCCAAUUACUUCACACAAGUUUGGAUCUAUUGAUCCCAUUUCUGGUAAAGAGACCGAUGAUGACCAAGGUCAGUUUGUUUCAAGUGUAUGCUGGAGAGGGAAAUCAAACAUGCUUCUUGCGGCCAAUUCAAGUGGAUGUAUAAAAGUGUUGCAGAUGGUUUAAGGAAAGUUUUCCCCUGACGACGGCUCUCCUACAUUUUUGCCCUGGUCACUCGAGCCAAUACCAUCAACUUGCUGGGAUGGUAAGAAACUCUUUUGACAUCUUGAGCUCUGGUUUAAAGUUUGAUACACAGGGGUUCAAUUUCUGCAAUACUUGGAUUGAGAAGUAGAUGCAACUAAAUCCAGACAAUCUUGAAGUCGGAUGCAUCCCAAUGAGCAUAAGCAAGCUCAAACUUUAAACCAGAAUUUCAAAUUGUCAUUAUGUCAUAUUUACCAAAAGCUUGUUAUACAUAAUUUUUCCUGGAAUCAAAUAUGGAAGCAGAUCAAAUAUGGAAAAGAUUGAGACUUCAUAAUUAGAACGGCGUAUCUAAGCUGCUUCUAAGCUCAAGUGUCUCGCAAAAGCGCUUGUCUGAGCCUAUGUAAAUUGCAUUGCAGCCCCUUUCAUUUUUUAAACUCAUAAAGGACUAGCAAUUGCUGUUUUGUAGGAAGAAAUGAUUGUUUAUCAAAUUAUUUAUAUAAAACAGCUUCGCCACCAUAAAAGGAAAGCAUGUAGUUUCAAUUGUAACACCGCCCUCCUUUUCUCUUUCUUGGGGCGCACUCUGCUCUCAAUUUAUGUAUAUAUAAAUGUAACAUACCUUGAUAAUAUUCAUUUUAGGUUGCUAUUUGAAUGCAUGUAAAUGAAGCACGAUUUUUCUAA